UAAAACACAUUUCAAUGAAGGAUGUUGUUGUUUACUUCUUUGUUGUUAUUUUCUUCCCUCCUUUUUACCAAUGGUCAAGACACAAACAAGCAUAUGAUAUGUAAAGAAGUCAGCGAUGUAUUUAACAGCAACGACGUGAAUUCUCAACCAUCAGCUAGAAGACUUCAAGGCCCCAUGGGAAAGAGAGGUCAACCUGGAUUGAAGGGCGAAACUGGACCCCCGGGUGCGUCGGGUCAGCCAGGAACAGUAGAUUAUGAAAGAGUGGCGGAGCUUGUACGUGUUGAAGUUGCUAAAGAAAUUGAAAUAAAAAUGAAAAAUUUAGAGGAAAAAAUAAUGAACGUUUCUACAAUUAUCGAAGGGAUAAUUGCAAGAGAACAAUGUGAAAGCAUACGGGGUGGAGUUAGAGUCGAUUCAAAAUGUUUUUUAACCGAAGUUCAUUCUACGGAAGACACCACUGUAGCCGAAGCUGAGCAAAUUUGCAGGAACAAAGGGUCAAGAUUAGCUGAUAUUUCUACCGAGCGAGAACACAAUGCAAUCAUGGAAUUAGUAAGAAACAAAAUUCCUGCUGGAAGAUCGUAUACUUUUGUUUGGACAGGAAUGAAACGAAAUAAAAAAGGUAAUGCAGUGUUAUCGAACGGCCAAAUAUCUGGGUAUAAAAGAAUUCAAGCAGCCCCCGGUCAAUGGACAACAGCUGGAGCAACGCGAACCCACGCUUAUUUACUUGUCAGAAACAAUUCCAACGACGCUGAUCAGGGACUUGGAUCGAUCUGGCCAUCAUGGGAUGCGGCAGGAGUCGUGUGUUCUGUAUAUUAAAAGUAAAUUAAUCCAACGCCUCAGCAUUACGCAAGUAUAUACAGUUCACUGACAAUAAAACAUACGUAUCAUAUUUUUUUUCAAACGGUAAUUGGACCGUA